GCAGCAGUUCUCACCAGCUCUUGCAUCCUGUGAGGGGUCUCUUCCAUUUCAACUCCACACAUCUCUGCAGCCUAUAACGAUGGAUAACGGGUGUCAUUGUGCAGCCAACUGCGACAGGCUUUCCAAUCCUAUCCUCUACAACAUCCUGAGCCAAAUGGAUAACAGCGAAGCGAGUCAAAACUGCUUUAACUACAACUCAAUAGCUCAUAGAUGCAACUGUGAGCUGCGACGGACAGUGUGCUUGAAAAGGCCGUCUGAGAUCUGCAAAGAAGCGUCAGCAGUCCUGGUGAAAACGGUUCAUUUCAUGAAGAGCUUACCCGCUUUUAACCAGAUGCCACCAAACGACCAGUUCUCACUUCUCAAAAGCUGCUGGGCGCCGCUCUUCAUCUUGGGUCUGGCCCAGGAGCAGGUGGACUUUGAGGUGACGGACACACGUGCUGACAGCAUGCUGAAAAAGAUCCUCCUAAACCGCCAGGAGAGCCCUGAGAUGGAGAGGGAGCAGCCCACCAUGGCCGGGGUUAGCAAACUCAAGUCCUGCCUCAAAAAGUUUUGGAGUUUGGAUUUGAGUCCAAAGGAGUACGCAUACCUCAAAGGGACAACGAUAUUUAAUCCAGAUGUCCCAGAUUUAAAGGCAGCUCUGUUUGUCGAAGGGUUGCAGCAGGAGGCUCAGCACGCCCUCAGUGAGGUGGUCCAGCUCCUUCAUCCAGGGGACCAGGAGCGGUUUGCUCGAAUCCUCCUCACAGCCUCCAUGUUGCAGAGCAUCACACCCAGUCUCAUUAUUGAACUAUUCUUCCGGCCCGUGAUAGGCCAGGCGGAUCUGCUGGAGCUGCUGGUCGACAUGCUCUUCUGCAGAUAGAAGAGGACAGGCCGACGGUCCAAACAAGGCUGAAUCUGGUGUUUUUAACUGUGGUGAUGCAGAACUUUGUAUGACCAACCCAGGCAACAUGGUCUCACAGAAAUCCGUGAAAUAGCCACGGAAUCGCUCAAAUUUCCGUGAAACUGACACGGAUUUCGCUACAAUGCAAGUUAAUGACAGUCAUAUCCCGUGGCUAUUCCAACAUACAAAGUGAUUAUGUACAUUCACUGAGUGAAGAUUUAGAAAAUAAAACAUAUAUUUCUCGCUAGAAAUGUGAUCAAAAUCCAUUUUUAUGCAGAAACUAAGUCAAAAUAUUGAUUUUUCACUAAAAAUGAGAGAACUGUCCGCCAUGUUUUUUGUUCUGACCGCUGGGACCUUGAAAGUCACGUGACUUGGAACAAACCAAUAGCCACGGGAUAUGACUGUCAUUAACUUGCAUUGUAGCGAAAUCCGUGUCAGUUUCACGGAAAUUUUAGCGAUUCCGUGGCUAUUCCACGGAUUUUGAGUUAAGUGAAAUCCGUGGCUAUUUCACAGAUGUCUGUGAGACCAGGUUGACCCAGGCAUGUUUCCUCAUGAAAUGAAGGACAAUGGAGAGAAAAAAAGAUGAUGAAUUACUUAUAUUUACAUUGAAGCUCAGGUCACUUUAGUCCAGUCUGAAACUUGUAUCCACUGAAGUGGAAAGAUUUGACUUUCCACACAAAGACAGACUGAAUCCACUGUUAAUAUACUGUAUCUUAUGUUGAAGAUCUGCUUCAAUGUUGUAAAUAAGUCUGCAUUUUCAGAACACGACAAAUAAAUAUAUUUUUGU